AUGCUAGAACGCACCUCGUCAUGCGUUGAACCAGCUUCUCACCUCUUUCUUCGGCGUCUCGAGCCACCGAUUCGCAGCUUUCGGGCUCUGGGGUCAUCAUUCUGGAAAAAUGAAGGAGAUACACUCACAGUACCUCCCUGGUGGCCGGCAUACCUCAAGAGUGUUGGGAGUGUGCCGCAAAGUCGAAUUUAUCUCGACAAUGGGCCCACAAGUCGUAGGACCUGCUGGCCAAAGGAGCAGGAUGAAAGAAGCCAUCCAAUCCGGCGUCGAAUCCUGACAAGAAAACCACUUUCCCUCGCAAGAUCAUCAAGAACAUAUACCAGGACUGCAAAGCCUCACCGCAAAGCGUCGACUGGCCCAAAUCCUGGCCCCGUUGGCAGCGACGACAGUGUGUGCAAGCCCAUUCCCACGGAAGACACCGCCCCGCACAUAGAAUCUUCAUCUUCGAAAGAUUUGUACGAGCAAUUGGCGAAUGAGAAUAUCUCCAAGAAGGCAACCGGGACUGAGGAAAAGCUUCGACUCAUACUAGAAGGACAUGAUAUUUCGGGAGAGAACGCCGGAGUCGACAAAUUUGAUGUCGCUUGGGCUUUGUUCAACCAACUUCCCGAUCAGCAGGUGUACGCGACAGGAGUGUUUCAUUUUCUAUCCGGCUCUGGUUCCAGGAAGGGACAGAAAGCCGCGUUAGGCGCCUUCAACCUCAUUCCACGUCGGAAGCGGACCUCCAGGGAUUAUGAAAGCGCCGUUCGCGUAGCCCUCAAACAGGAAAACUAUCGUGUGGCUCUUUCCAUCAACACAGAAGCAACCACCCGCAAGUUGAAUCAUGGUUGCAGCUCAUUCUUAUUAUUGCACACCUCUUCCCACCGCUUGUGGAGGACCGCCGCCCGGGUUUGGAUCACGUCUUUCAAGCCGCUGACGGAGGCCGAUAAGGUUUUAUCUGCUUCUUCCCUUUUUGAUCCCCUUUUGAAGGAAGUGGACCACCACGAAAAUAUGCCGUCAGCGAUAAAAAACCUGGGAGACAUGCUCCUGGCCAAGGAACCCAUCAUCAUGAGUCAGGCGGGAACCUUGCUUGCUCUUGGUAAAGAACUCGUGUAUCUCCUUUUGAAGAGCGGCAGGCUGAUGAGUUUAAUCACCCCGAAAGGAUUACUUGGAAUACUUGAUGUUUUCCGGGAUCUAAGGCAGAUCAAUCCAUAUAUCCUGGUCACUUCAAUCCAAACCUUGCUGAAGUCGGCCAAAAGACCUGACAAAGGUGGAUUGUCUACACUCGUCUACCGCUAUUUGCGGUCGAAUUUUCCCGAUUAUAAGCCCCUCAGGAGCGUCUACGGCUCUCUCUUGUCGAUACAUCAUGAGGAAGCUGCCCCUGCUGAAGUGUACAUGUACUUCCUGCACGAAUUUGCCCAGAGCCACGGUCUUCCCGACAAAAUGAGCUACCAGAGAGUUCUGACCGCUCUUGCCGAGCAAGGGGAUGUCGACGGGGUUCAAAAGGUGUUCAUCGAACUUUGCCAGACCCAUUCAAGACCGACAGAUGUCGCCUACUACACGCCGCUCAUGUAUGUACAUGCUCGUCUGGCCGAUGUUGAAGGAACGGAAAGGGAAUUCCGGAGACUGAAAGAAUGGGGAAUUCAGCCGACGUUAUAUUGCUGGAACAUUCUUCUGUAUGCCCAUGCAAGAUCGGGUGACCCUUGUCGAGCCUGGGAUGUUUUCGAUCAAAUGAAGGCUGAAGGGGUAGUCCCUAAUGUCUACACCUUUGUCAACCUUAUGGGAAUACAUUCAAACCUCGGUGAUACUAACGCUGUGCUCGACAUUAUCGAUCUCGCACAGAAACACGACAUCAAAGGUUCCCACGAAAUGAUGGCCGGCUUGAUCCAUUCAUAUUGUCUCAACGAUCAGGCAGAGACGGCGGAACGGAUAGCAGAGACCACCGCUCAAACCCACUUCGAAGGGGAGGCUGUCAAACCAUGGAAUUACCUCUUGAGGUAUUACGCGUUCAAGGGAGACACCGAUUCCGUGCUCCGACUUCAACGUCGCAUGCAAGCACUGGGCGUCCAGCCAGACGAUAUGACUUAUUCGACUUUGAUGACCACACUGGUGGUCAUUGGCAAGACUCAGGAGGCCGUCCACAUCUUGAGAACCCUAAGUUUGAGUCAAAAACUGGCGGCCACCUCCUUCCAUUAUGCGAUUGCUCUCUACGGCUACGCGAUGGAAGGCAAUCGUGAUAUGGCCAAUGUGAUCUACCAGGAAAUGGUUGAAAGAUUUCCAAGGAUAGGCGCCAGUCCACGUUUGGCUAUGCUUCAUUUGCAGGGCCGUCGAAGUCUCGAAGGUGAUCAAAAACCGCAUUUUGCGGCCGACUAUCUGGCGGAGAUUUUGCAUGCAAUCACAAAUGAAGAUCGCGCGACUAAUCUACCACAGCCUGGGUUCAACCGACGCCGACCAAUUGAUGCCCUCCCUGCAAUCUAUUUGGAGUUUCUCACCAAAGUCUUGACGGUGAAGGGGCAAAUCAGGCAAGCUGACACGCUUCUCCAGCGAUACGAGUCUUUAGCACAAUCUUCAUAUCUCGAUCUAGACCGAAACGUCAAACAGUCAAUGGAGCUCUUGACCACUCGCUUGAUGGUAUCAACCAUCAAAAUGGAUUGGGAAAAUGUCGAAGCCAUUUGGAGACAGAUAAUUGAACAGGCAAUUGAGCACGCAACACCCUACUCUUUGGCCAAGAGAAAACAGCGUCGUGGUGACAAGGUGCAAGAUACUUUGCCAGCCCAGCCUCAAUCAGGCAUGGGCGUUGGCGUGGAUUUCUCUCAGAAUGGCCAGGGGUCCUCAUUCGGUUCCAUAGUUCCAACUUCGGUACCGUCGAACUCUCCACUUCAUCAGCCACACCCGAAGAUUCUUUUCUCGCAAAGAUAUAUCCUCGAAGCGGCCCUCACAGCCUAUCUGAGAGCUCUGGAUCACCAGCACCGUCACCAUGCUGCAGUUCAACUCGUCGAAAUGCUCGAAAAAGUGGGAUUUGCACUCACCAGCAAGAACUGGAACUUCUAUCUUCAAGUGUUGACACGAUCUCAGGAUGCAGAUCAUUGGAUUCUGGCUUUUAAACUCUUCGAAGAGAAGAUGUUGCCCAAUGCUCCACCCUGGCGUCUUCUUCGCCGUGGGAAGUGGGCAAGCCCUACAGAAUUGGCCACAGGAUCCGAUAAAUUACUCAAAGUGUUCCGCCGUGAAACUAUCGAGAAGCAAAACAAAAGCCAACUAAUGCCAACAUAUCUCACCACGGUAUAUCUGGCGACCGUCCUUAUAAAGUCGAGCCAACUCGAGGCGGGGGGCGACAGAUCCAACAAGUUAAAGCUCCUGCAAGCUUCCCCCGGAACAUUUCGUUUGAUUCAAAGUCUGCCCUAUUAUAAGGACCGGGCCCAAGGCGUUCUUCUUCGGAACAGACGACUCGGCCGUGAUUUGCCGAAGCGCCCGCGUCAGCCCCAACGACCAGAUCGUUCAGGCGUUUUGGGAAGCAAAUCUCCUCUUGAUCAUAUUCCCAUCACCGGUCUCGACGGACUGACGGACGCCUUGAAAGGCAAGGCCUCUCCCUCCUCCGAGAAUAGUGAUGGCGAGACUGCACGAGUUCAAGAUAUUCAGAGCGCUGAACAAUUGGAAGGACAAGUCACCAGAUCACCCAUAGCCGUGGAAAUGCAGCAACUUCUCGAGGACAACGUUCAACUCCAGAAACGAGUGGAAAGAGAGGAGAAUCGUCUUCUCAAGACCAUGGAGCUUAUACGUCGUGAUGCAUCCCACCCUCGCACGAUCAGUGACAUGUAUUUCGGUCAUCCAGCAGUUUCACCUGAUGCAAACUUAACAAGGCCGUCUCGGUCUCCGAAGGACGGUGCACUGUUUGAUAUUUAUGAUGAUCGUUUAGAAGCGAGGGCGGAAGCCCGAAAACGACUCCGUGACGAGCGGAACUCCAAAUGGGAUGAGCUCACUCAGCCCCCAAAAAGAGGAUCUUUGAAUCUCAGGAAAAUUCAGGCCCUACCACCACGCACCAGGAGCGCAAUCUCUCGCGCUCCUCGACUGAAGGCUGUUUCUGGCAACUUCCGCCACAUCGUGAAAUCACCCACACAUCUUCCGGAAAGACUGAUUAUGAUCAGACAACGGAAGAGAAUGGACCAAUUUUUCCCCACUCCGAAAAAAGAAAAGAUUAGGGGCCAUGACUUGGACUCCACUGUCAAUUCGGAGUCGCAAUCAUGCCAACACAGAUCGUGA